UCGGAGCGGGGAGCGCAUAGCAACAGGAUUCUGGGAUGAAGAAGAUUCGGCAGCAGCAUCUCCGGGAGCCCGUGACUCCAGAGCUCCUGGUGAGCCCCAGCAGCCAGGACGGGGACGUGGGCUCCGAGUGCCCAGAAGACAGAGGGAACUGGACAGGACGGCUGGAUUUCCUCCUCUCCUGCAUCGGAUACUGUGUGGGCCUUGGAAAUGUCUGGAGGUUCCCCUACAGAGCUUACACCAAUGGAGGAGGAGCUUUCUUGGUUCCUUAUUUCAUCAUGCUGGCCAUCUGCGGGAUCCCCAUCUUCUUCAUGGAGCUGUCUCUUGGCCAGUUCUCCAGCCUGGGGCCACUUGCUGUCUGGAAGAUAAGCCCUCUCUUUAAAGGCGUUGGCAUGGGCACGAUCCUCAUCGUCUCCCUGGUGGCCAUUUACUACAAUAUGAUCAUUGCUUAUGUUCUCUUCUACCUCUUUGCAUCUCUCACAAGCGACUUGCCCUGGCAGCACUGCGGCAACUGGUGGAACACUGACCUGUGCCUGGACCACCACCUCAUCAAGGCGGGGAACAACACCUUCCCCGUCAACAUCACCAACACCGUCAGCCCCAGUGAGGAAUACUGGAGCCGGUACGUCCUGCACAUCCAAGGAAGCUCUGGGAUCGGGGAUCCUGGGAUGAUCCGCUGGAACUUGUGUCUGUGCUUGCUCCUUUCUUGGACUAUUGUCUAUCUGUGCAUACUGAAGGGAGUCAAAUCCUCAGGCAAGGUCGUGUACUUCACUGCCACCUUCCCAUACCUCAUCCUGGUGAUGCUGCUCAUUCGUGGGGUGACUUUGGAGGGGGCCUGGAAGGGGAUCCAGUUUUACCUCACACCCCAGUUUGAUCACUUGUUGUCUUCCAAGGUGUGGAUUGAGGCAGCCCUGCAGAUUUUCUACUCCCUUGGGGUAGGCUUUGGGGGCCUCCUCACCUUUGCCUCGUACAACACCUUCCAUCAGAAUAUCUACAGGGACACCUUCAUAGUGACCCUGGGCAAUGCCAUCACCAGCAUCCUGGCAGGGUUUGCAAUCUUCUCUGUUUUGGGAUACAUGUCCCAGGAGCUUGGGGUACCUGUUAACCAGGUGGCAAAAGCAGGCCCUGGCCUGGCUUUUGUGGUGUACCCCCAGGCCAUGACAAUGCUCCCCCUUUCUCCAUUCUGGUCUUUCCUGUUCUUCUUCAUGCUGUUAACCUUGGGACUGGACAGCCAGUUUGCCUUCAUGGAGACCAUUGUCACAGCAGUGACAGAUGAAUUUCCCUACUACCUGAGGCCAAAGAAAGCUUCUUUCUCAGCUGUCAUCUGCAUUGCCCUCUUCUUGAUGGGGCUCAUCCUCACCACAGAGGGUGGGAUGUACUGGCUGGUCCUACUGGAUGACUACUGUGCUGGCUUUGGUCUCAUGGUGGUGGUGAUCACCACCUGCCUCGUGGUGACACGUGUCUAUGGCAUGAAAAGAUUCUGCCGGGAUGUCCACAUGAUGUUGGGCUUCCAACCAGGGUUCUACUUCAGAGCCUGCUGGAUGGUCCUGUCUCCUGCCACAAUGAUGGCUCUGCUGGUGUACAACAUUGUCAAGUACCAGCCCUCUGAGUAUGGCAGCUACCGCUUCCCUACCUGGGCUGAGGUCUUGGGCAUCCUCAUGGGAGUCCUCUCCUGCCUGAUGAUUCCUGUGGGCAUGGUGGUGGCUGUGCUCCGAGAAGAAGGGACACUGUGGGAGCGAGUCCAGCAAGCCAGCCGGCCCGCCAUGGACUGGGGCCCCUCCAUGGAGGAGAACCGGACCGGCAUGUACGUGACAAGCCUGGCAGGCAGCCAGUCCCCUAAGCCACUGAUGGUCCACAUGAGGAAAUACGGGGGCAUCACCAGCUUUGAGAACACAGCCAUCGAGGUGGACCGGGAGAUAGAGGAGGAAGAGUCCAUGAUGUGA